GCGGGUUUGAGACGGGCACAAGUUUAAUUAGUGGCCGCACCACCUAAGGAAUCAGCAACAAAGUAACCCGGAAAAAUCACGAAAUGUUGAGUUUAGGGUCGGGAGGUGGAAAAACAGCGAAGCCUUCUUUCGUGUCUUACGUUUCCCCUGAGGAAAUUAAAAAAAAGGAAAGUAACGAUGACUUGAAGCCACACUUAUUACCAGGGGAACUUGUAAUUUGUGAAGCAAACACUGUUGUGAAAUAUAGUCGAGAAGAUUCGUUGCAACGGGGAUUUUAUGGAAAACUCAUCUGUACAAAUUUCCGGAUUUCCUUCCUAAGUGCUGAACAGUUGCUGGACGAUGUGGAACAAGCCUACAGGAAUAAGCUGAUGGGUGAAAAUGACAUAUCCUUACUUUGUGUGGACCAGAUCUUUGGAGUUUAUGAUGACAAAAAGAAGCCUCUGCUACCUGGUGCUAUAAAGAACAGAAUUCCUGAGAAGUUACUUCUCUAUUGUAAAGAUUUUCGGGUUUUCCAGUUUGGCUUAAGAUAUUCCAAGGAAGAAGAUGCACGAAGGUUGAUCCGAGGGAUAGUUCACCAUUGUUUGAAUCCAACUUCUUUAAAAUGUUUGUUUGCUUUCUCCUAUGUUGGCACAACAGGUGGUCUUAAAGUUGGUCCUGGAGCUGAAGAAGAACCACCAACUGUAAUGUUUGAAACCAAAGUUGACUGGAAAGUAGAACUGGAUCGGACUGGGGGUCUACUGAGCAACAGAGUAAUUUCCAUUAACGAAAAUUACCACAUCUGCACUCGACUUCCACAGUUCUUUGUUGUUCCUUCAUCUAUUACUGACGAUGAUAUCAAGAAAUACAAAGGAAAAGGAAUACCUCUUUGGUGCUGGUCUCACUCCAGUGGUUGUGCGUUGAUGAAGAUGGCAGCUAUUCCUGAAACUGCUGAUGACAGCACUUCACAAAUGGACAAAGGCUGGAUUGACAGGUUACUUCAUGUUCUUGGAGAAACGCAUCCCUUGAAUCAUACCGUCAGGACAGAGGUCCUUUCAACCACUCUCCCAAAUCUGCAGGAUAUACAGGCUUCGUACAGUAGAUUUAAACAGCUAUUUCUGAUGGAUAAUGCCGCAGAUUUCUGGGAAUCUGACAUUAAGUGGCUGUCUACCAUAGAGAAUGUAAAUUGGUUGGAAAUUAUCAGGCAAUGUCUGAAAAAGGCCUUGGAUGUUGUCGAAUGCCUGGAGCAUAAGAACACAUCUGUGGUGCUUGUUGAAGAAAAUUGCUCUGAUCUGUGCUGUGUAAUAGCUAGUCUGGUCCAGGUGAUUAUGGAUCCACAUUUUAGGACCAUAACUGGCUUCCAGAGUUUAAUUCAGAAGGAGUGGCUGAUGGGCUGCCAUUGCUUCCUCGACCGAUGUAAUCAUCUGCGAGGCAAUGAUAAAGAGGCACCAGUUUUUCUUCUCUUCUUGGAAUGUAUAUGGCAGUUGCUUCAGCAAUACCCACCGGCCUUUGAAUUUACAGAGACCUACUUGACUAUAUUGUCAGACAGCAUGUAUGUCCCCAUCUUUAGCACCUUCCUGUUUAAUUCACCACACCAAAAGGAUAAUACCCAAAUGCUUGGUGAAGAUCGGGGUAUGCUUUGUAGAUCUUUGAAGCUUCCCACUGUGUGGGAAUGGUCUGUUCAAUUUGAGCAUUCUGUUCAAGCACUCUUUUAUAAUCCACUUUAUGUUGGAAAGCCAAAAUCUAGAAGCGUUAAAAGGACUCAGCGUGCUAAGGAAUCUGCACAGAAGUACUUGGAGAUUGUCCAUGAAAAAUUUCUGGAUAUACCAGAGCCACAACGUCAGAUGUCCCUGCCAUCAAGCCCAUCAUAUCACUCUAGACCUUCACCCAAAAAAGGAUUUUUGAGGGAAGAGACUGAUAACUUGAUAAAGACUUUCUUGGGCAAAAAGAUAAGCAAGUGGACAUUCACAGCUGAGGAUCCUUCAGCUGACUACAGACAGUUCUAUGAAAAUUGGUGCAGUAAGCCAGUAGAUCAUCAUGGACUCCUGCUUCCUCUACACAAUGGUCCAGCUUUAAAAGUCUGGGGCCAGCGGUACUUACGCUGGAUUCCAGAGGUUCAGAUACUGGGUGGCGGUUCAGCAAUUGCUCUGAACAAAGCCUGUGAAAUUGCAGAUGAAAUAAAGACUUUACAGACAAAAGUAUCGGAGAGGAUGCUUAAAAACCAUCCUUGCUCCCCGAGCACUGAUGCCUUUGCACCGUUUCAACAGAGCUGCCGUCUGUCUUCCACUUUUCCUUUUGGCACGUUGCGUAGGCAGUCUAUAAAGCCUCGCAUUCCAGUUUCUACAAAUCUCUCCAUGAGUUUUGGGUCAAUGGAGAACUUGCCAGAUGAUGAGGAGGAACUUGGUUUGCUAUAGUGCAGAACACUUUACACAACAUUACAGUUUUGUUCUUUGCCCAGUGACUUUACCUAAAUAAGUUUGCAAAAAAUUAAUUUAAUUUUGUCUUAAACAGCUGUGAAUUUAAUGAAUUUCAGUGGCAUUCUGUUCCAGGGUUUUCUUGUCUCAUUUAGAUAAAGUUUGAAGCUGCUGUUGGUCCUUAACAGAAAGGACAAUAGAACUAAACUAUUUGUUUAGUAAUUUUGGCCUAAAGUUGGCUGGAGGGCAUUUUUGUGUUAUUAUUGUAGGACAUUUGGCAUAAAACAAUUCUAAAGUACCAGUGUUAAGGUUGGUUAAAAUGUCAGGACAUUUUCUAAAUUACUGGUGCUGUGUAGGAAACCUGCUUAAUGAAGCGAAAAGAUAUGACUCCAUUCUAAAGAACUCGUACUCUGUGUUUUACAACUACUUUUCCUCAAACAGUUUAAAUCAAUCUUUUAGAAUUGUUCUUUUUCAGGUGAUUGUUUCUAAAACAUUUCUCAGAUAGUUUAUAUUAAAAUAUACUAGUUUAUAUAAAAAUAUACAUUUUCAGUGGAUAUUCUCUCUUCCCCCAAAUAAGAUUUUUGAAUGCUGAUAACUGGAAAAUGGGCAAGAUAUGGAAUUUUUCAAUAUAUGCACAACAUACCAACACUUGGAUUUUGCUGAGAGAAAAGCAAGUAAUAUUUACUGUCUAUUCAAAUUAUGGUUGCAAUUACCAGGCAAACACAGGGUUAUCCAUUUAUGGAUAAUAUGUAGUGUCUUGCAUGCAAUUUUAGAGCUGCUUCUAGCUACUGAGCUCUGAAAACAUCAUCCUAUUUGCAUUUUCUGUUUUUUUUUAAAAGGAGUUGCCAUUUGUCGUCAUAGUUUCAUUUCAGAAAAUGGCAGCAUAAUUUACUAAUAUCAGCAGUGAAUUACAAAUGUACAAAAUAAUAUAGAUAUUAAGCUGUAUACAACUUUCUAAAAUGUCUAAUGCAUCUAAAAUCCAACAAGAACAAAGAAUUUGCUCCAGGACUUGUACAUAAUGGUGUGACUUUGGGCAUUAGAAACUCCCACUGUAUUAGCAGAUUCUGGUGAGAUAGUUGAUACCGGAUUAACUGGUGUAUGAGUUGACCUGCUGUACUUCUGACUACAUAAAUGGGUGAAAUGGGGGGAGGGAGGCAUAAAAUCUAGUGAACACUACCAGGAAGUGUUGAUGUAUGAACUCUGAAUGAUAGGCUUGGUAUUCAUGCAAUAAAUCAUGUUUAAGAUAGUAUGGUCAGAGAAGCAGGAUUAAACUAAUAAAGUUAUUAAGCUGAAA